UCUUAUUCAAAAUUGUUGCAAAACUAUCCUACGUUGGUGUUGGUUCACUAGGCCUUAGUGAAAUUCCUUAUGAUAAAUACUAUACAGUACAUAUACUUGUCGCGUCUAUUGAUUUCCAUUCAAUAGCUGUCGAUGAAGAAAAAGAUAUUCAUAUUACAAAUUGA